AUGUGGACCAAUCAGAAUAAUGUGGGCCAGAAAGGGAAAGCGAAGCCGAGAGCAGACUGGAAGGUAUCGCUUACAAACUACACAGAGUGUCAGUGGUUUGAUUUCACCAUCCUCUGGUUAGAAGGAGCUUAUUUACUUGCAAGUAAAGUCUUGUGGUUGUCGGUUGGAGCUGCUGUCAAACAUCUGUUUCGGCUCAGGAACCUUUCAGUGGCUCUCCUCCGUUCCGCCCGGAGGACUGUGGGGACGGGACCGUAAAUACACCUUAGGAGCAGUUCUUCGGUCUGUCAGAACGAGCUCAGUCGUUCUCAAUGAACCAGAGGAGCAGCUUGAACCCAAGCUGAGCCGUGAAGUCCGUCUGUUCCGGUGUCCCGGUGUGAGCAGACCCAGACAUGGAGUGGUGUUGGCGGACAGGAGGAGCCAGCGGGCUGCUAUGCUCCCUGUCUCUUCUCUGUGUCCUCUUGGACAUCCAGCUGGACGGUGUCCUGGGCGCGACUCACGCCGAGAUCGAGCACCACUUGGAGAUGGGUCGCAAACUUCUGGCGGCCGGUCAGCUCGCUGAAGCCUUGUCCCACUACCACUCAGCCGUGGAGGGAGACUCUGAGAACUACCUGACCUACUAUAAGAGGGCUGCUGUGUUCCUGGCCAUGGGAAGAUCCAAGUCCGCUCUGCCCGAUCUGACCCGGGCCAUCCAGCUGAAGCCUGACUUCCUGCCAGCCCGGUUGCAGCGAGGAAACAUCCUGCUGAAGCAGGGCAACACUCAGGAGGCCAGGGACGACUUUAGAAUGGUGCUGCAGGGCUCUGCAGACCACAAAGAAGCCCAGGAGCAGCUGAUGAAAGUGAGCGAUCUGGAGGACUUCCAGGAAGAAGCCCAAACUGCGUACCACCAGGGCGACUACAGCGGCACCAUCAACGCGUUGGAGAGGGUCUUAGAGAUCUCUCCCUGGGAUCCGGAGUCGAGGGAGCUUCGUGCAGAUUGUUACUUGCAAAUGGGGGAUCCUCAGAAAGCCAUCCAGGAUCUCACGCCCGCAGCCCGGCUACGCAACGACAACCGCGCAGCCUUCCUGAAGCUCAGCAGGCUGCUGUACAACCUGGGAGAGCAUCACGACGCCCUCAACCACAUUAGGGAAUGCCUGAAGCUCGACCAGGACGACAAGGAGUGUUUCAGCCACUACAAGCAGGUGAAGAAGCUCAGCAAGCAGCUGGAUUCUGCAGAGGAGCUGAUCCAGGGGGAAAGGUUUCAAGAAGCGAUUGAGAAAUAUGAAUCGGCGAUGAAGACGGAGCCGAACGUCGAGUUCUACACCAACCUGGCAAAAGAGAGGAUCUGCUUCUGUCUUGUUAAGCUCCAGCUAGCGACCGAAGCCAUAGACGUCUGCUCAGAGGCCCACCAGAGAGACCCUCGAAAUGCCAACAUCCUCAAAGACCGAGCCGAGGCCUACAUCCUCAACCAGGACUACGAGAAAGCUGUUGAAGACUACCAGGAGGCGCGGGAGUUCGACGGCGACAGCAACGCCAUCAGAGAGGGUCUCGAACGAGCGCAGAAGCUGCUCAAAGUCUCCCGUAAAAGAGAUUACUACAAGAUCCUGGGGGUUGGCAGGAACGCUAACAAGCAGGAGAUCAUCAAGGCGUACAGGAAGUUGGCACAGCAGUGGCACCCUGACAACUUCCAGUCCGAAGCCGACAAGAAAGAGGCGGAGAAGAAGUUUAUCGAUAUCGCCUCGGCUAAAGAAGUCCUUACCGACCCGGAAAUGAGGCAGAAGUUCGACGCAGGCGAGGAUCCCCUGGACCCGGAGACCCAGCAGGGCGGCGGCGGCGGAGGACAAAGGGGCUGGCCGUUCCACUUUAACCCCUUCGAGUCCGGCGGCAACUUCCACUUCAAGUUCGAGUACAACUAGAGAGCGGGACUCUAGACUCUAGACAGACGUGUCUGUCGGAUCUUCCCCUGGAUUUGUACAUCAGCCUGGACGCUGUUUAUCCAGAGACAUGAACUGUUUUGUUUUUCAGAAAGGAACCACAAGAGAACUUAACUGUGGUUGAAGACAGUGAAGGCUUUUUUUUUUUUUUAAGAAACUGAAAGGUGCUGGAUGAAAGCUGUGGAUGUUUCUUCUCCUCUCUCUCUCUCUCUCUUUGAACCAUGUGGUGGCGGAGGACGAACGUCAGCGUGCCGCUUCUUAUUUUUGCUCGCAGUGUUCUUCGAAGAGAUCCCAGCUUUCCGAACUCCAGCCAAUGAUCUUGACUGCAGAAGCAUCUCUACGCCCGAGAAUCGAGACGUUUUUCUAGUUUCUGAAAUCAACAGCUUUUCGUUGAGCUCUUGGAUUAACGGUGAAACACACUGAAAUCCUGUGGAUCUUCUACCAGUGUGUCUUUGAUUUAAACUGAAAUUGGUUUCUAAAGGCUAUUUAGUGGAAAAUUAUGUGUGUGUAUAUAUAUACAAAUAUAUAUAUAUACAGCAGCAAAAAUAAUGAAUGAAAGCAGAAUCUGGUAUUCCUCUUUGCCUUUUUUUUUUUUUUUGGAGAUUUUACGCUCUUUGUUUGAGGGGAAAAUAACACUCCACAGCCUCUCCUCUCCUGAAAUGUUACUGUUUUUUUUAAAAGCCUUUCAUAGAGAAUGCAUCUUCAGUGACUGAGAGCCUCAUUUAUAAAUAACAACUGUUCAGCUGAAAGCUUGAAUUUCAGUAUCUUAACCAGGAUAUUUGGAUAAUAUUUAUCUAAAACAUACAACUAAAUUGUUGCAGGAUUUGUUUGUAUUUAAGGCUCUGUUGUUGCGGCCACGACAGACGUACUUAAGUUAGUUUUGCCUUUUUUUUUUUCUUAAUUUUGCACAAACUUAAGUUAUUUUCUUACCGACAUCUUGAAGACAGAGUGACUGUAACUGCUUAUUUUGGGAACCAAAAUGUGACGGCGCUCUUUGUAUUUAAUGAUAGGAAGGAACUUUUUUUUAUUUUUACGGUUUCUGGUUGUGGCAUAACUUUUUCUUCCUGCUGCCAAAUUGACUCGGUGGACAUGCUGACAUGUAUUAAAGGAUGAAAACCAUC